UUUAAUUGUUAAUGAUGCAGAGAUAUCAGGGCCAACAUUGAUAUGGUGAAGGUUUCAGCAAUAAUCAGCAUUACAAUGCUUGGAAUUAUUCAUUGUUUGGAUAUAAUGAUUACACUAACCAUAACCAAGCAUAUUGGGGACAGUAUGAUUACAACUAUAACUCCUCAAAUUUCAACUGGAGCCCUCCUUGUGUUGAUGGAUCUCCGCAGACUAAAACAAAGGCUGACUCACAAAAGGUUAUACCUCAGAUAAACCAGAGUAGCAAUAUGUUGAAGGCAAAGAAAUCAGGAAGGGUUUUCUAUCCUUCUAAAGUAAACCAUUCUCGUCAUAACAGUCAUGAUGAUCAGAGCAAAGGUGUAAGGGAAGACCUCAGCCCCCUGAACAGAUCUCAUGAUAGCACUUGUGACAGUAGCUCAGGUAGAACAGACUCCUCUUCAAAGAAUGACAGCGGGUCUAAACUUCAAAUCCAAAAGCAUCAGUCUGAAAGGGUCAAGGAGAUCAUCCCCAUUAAACUGAAUUUUGAAGAUGACUCACUUCAAGUGAACCCAACCCUCAUAGUUGAAGUCAUCUCUAAAUAAGGAAGGUGUCAAAUAUGAGCUUGAUUCUGAUGAUGUCAAAGGAGUUUUCGGUAAAUUCGGAGAUGUCUCAAAAGUCCAAAUUAUGGAAAGUUGCAAUAAAGCUGUUGUAACGAUGGAAGAUCCUCAAAAGGGAAAACAAGCUGAAAAAUAUCUCAACUUCUAUGAACUUCCAGGGACUGAUGCUUAUCUAACUGUCAAAUGGCAGUUUGGUGAUUGUAGUGAACUCAACAGAGUUGCCAAGCAGAAAAAGUUAGUCGUGAAGGAGCGAAGCAAUUCUGAAGGUCAAGCAACAGUCAAUAAAAAUUAUCAAGAGCAGGAAGCUCAAAAAGUUAAUUAUGUGAAGAAGGAUGCAAGCUUAAUUGCUCAAACCUCUUCACCAAAAUCUAUGGAGAAGUCAAGCUUAUCUCCAACUUCGAUGGAUUCAGGCAUUAGUAAGGAAUGUACUUCUGUGUCUAAGUUCACAGCUAAGUAUGAAAUUCCCAUCAGAAAUCUUCCUGGAUUCUGUGUUGCAAGGAAGAUUAUUGGUCACAGAGGAAAGAACAUGAAGUCUAUUUUGGGGAAACUCAAAGAGAAUAACUUCAAAGGUCCAAUUCAAGAUGUUACUAAACUCAGAUUGAGAGGACAAGGAUCAGGCUUCAAGGAGGGUCCAAACAACUGUGAGAGUCCAGAGCCUUUGCACUUGUGCAUUAGCUCUAAGUAUUACGAAAAAUACGCAGAGGCUUGCGAACUUGUUGAAAACUUGCUAAAGAGUGUAUAUCAAGAAUAUAACAACUUCUGCAAAUGGAAAGGAAGAUCCACCAUCAGCUACAACGUUAAAAAGCUUGAGAACAACCCAGCCUGGUAUCUAUCUAAUUUAUUAGACGCACAGCAAUAAGUGAUUGCAAGAUGUGCC